UAAAAAGUAGUAUUUGAAAAUUUUUUCCGACAUUCAACUUUGAGUGACUCUCCAAAGAUAGGAUGAGCGAUGAACAAAAUAAGACCCACUACUACCAGAAGCACCAAAUCGUUCAAUGCCAUCAUUAACCGCCUUUCUUCACAAGGGUCCUACUAUGAAGUGCUCUUCACUUACACAUCCAUGUUCAACUCAAACACUGCUCCUGAUUCCUUCACAUUUCCCAGCCUCCUCAAAGCCUGCACUUCUCUAAACCUCUUCUCCCUUGGUCUUUCAAUACACCAACACAUUAUACUUAGUGGGUUUUCUUCAGAUUCUUACACUGCAUCUUCUUUGAUAAACUUUUACGCAAAAUUCGGCCACACAAAAAACGCUCACAAGGUUUUCGAUAAAACGCCUAAUAGAGAUGUUGUUCCCUGGACUGCCAUUAUUGGCUGCUAUUGUCGUGGUGGCAACGUGGACAAUGCUUUUUCUAUGUAUAAUGAAAUGCGAUGCAAUGGGGUUGAGCCUAGUCCGGUUACUUUCUUAUGCUUGCUCUCUGGACCAUUGGAGGCUGCCCAUGUGCAGGCUCUGCAUGGCUGUGCGGUUUUAUAUGGCUUUGAAUCCGAUAUUACUUUGGGGAAUUCGUUAUUAAAUGCGUAUACCGAAUGUGGGAGCAUUGCGGAAGCAAGAGAUUUGUUUGAAUUGAUGGACCAAAGAGAUAAAAUUUCAUGGAAUUCUUUGAUUUCAGGUUAUGCUCAGUUAGGGAAUGUUGAAGAAAUUUUGCAACUUUUAUAUAGGAUGAAGAUAGAAAGUAUGGACCCUGAUCAGCAAACUUUUGGUUUUGUGGUUUCUGCUGUUUCAGCACAGAGUAAGCUUGAUUUAGGAAGGGUGGUGCAUGGGCAGAUUUUAAGAAGUGGGUUUGAUUCAGAUGCACAUGUUGAAACAGCACUUAUAAUUAUGUAUUUAAAAUGUGGGAAUGGUGAUGGUGCACAUCGGAUUUUUGCAGGGGUAUCAGAAAAAGACGCAGUUAUAUGGACAGCAAUGAUCUCUGGGCUAGUGCAAAAUAAUUGUGCGGACAAGGCACUGACAGUUUUCCAGCAGAUGUUAAAAUCGAGGGUAGAGCCAUCUACUGCCACCAUAACUAGUGUUCUUGCUGCAUGUGCACAGUUGGGUGCUUUUGAUUUAGGGACCUCCAUCCAUGCUUACAUUUUAAGGCAGGGAUUUACAAUAGAUAUUCCAGCCCAAAACUCUCUUGUUACCGUGUAUGCCAAGUGUGGUCGUUUGGAACAAAGUUGUGCAGUUUUUGAGAGGAUGGAUGAAAAGGAUUUGGUUUCUUGGAAUGCAAUAAUUGCCGGAUGUGCCCAAAAUGGCCAUUUACCUAAGGCCCUGUUCUUCUUCAAUAAAAUGAGGUUAACCCUUCAAAAACCUGAUUCAUUAACUGUUAUCACCCUGCUUCAAGCCUCUGCAUCUACUGGGGCUCUCCAUCAGGGAAAGCGGUUACACAACUUUAUAAUUAGAAGUUGUCUUAGGCCAUGCAUCUUGGUGGAUACAGCUCUGGUGGACAUGUACUGUAAAUGUGGUGAUUUAGACACUGCUGUUAAGUGCUUUAGGGUCAUGUUGCAAUGGGACUUAAUCGCAUGGAGCACAAUCAUUGCAGGAUAUGGUAGUCAUGGCAAAGGGGAGACCGCUUUAAGCAUGUAUUUUGAGCUUCUGCACUCUGGAAUGGAACCAAAUAAGGUGAUUUUCCUUUCAAUUCUCUCUGCCUGCAGUCACAAUGGGCUUGUUGACCAGGGUCUGAGCAUAUUCCAGUCAAUGUCUAUAGAUUUUGGGGUUCAACCAGAACUUGAGCACCGUGCUUGCAUUGUUGAUCUCCUUUGUCGAGCUGGAAGGGUGGAGGAAGCUUAUAACUUCUAUAAGGGGAACUUUUCAGAGCCUGCUGUCGAUGUUUUGAGCAUGCUCCUUGAUGCCUGUCGGGCAAAUGAUAACCUGGAACUUGGUGAUGUUAUUGCCCAAGAUAUUAUAUUGUUGAGGCCUGCAAGUGCUGGAAACUAUGUUCAGAUUGCACACUGUUAUGCUUCAAUGAGUAGAUGGAAUGGCAUGGGGGAGGCAUGGACCCAAAUGAGGUCUCUCGGCUUGAGAAAACUCCCUGGAUGGAGUUUUAUUGACCUGCAUGGUACAGUUACCACAUUUUUCUCGGGUCAAAAUGCUCAUCCGAAACAUGAAGAAAUAGUUGCAACACUGAAAACUUUGUGGUGGGAAAUGAGUGAAGUGGUUGUGAACUUUAAGAUGAAGGAAAUUCAUGAUAUAUUCUUAGAUGAAUGGUUUUAAUAUGAAACACCGCCAAGUAUUUAAAGAUAAAGUGGUGGUAGAGAGGUGCACAAACAAGACGUUAUCUAUUCUGCUUCCUUUGAAUAUCUCGGUGUGCAAAAUAGACCCCAGAUCAACAGAUUAACUUUGGAAUAGGGGAGGGAACGCUACAAGACAUCACGUUCAUGGUUUUGAUUUCAUUAUUUCAGAUGAAAUCGGCAUUAUAAGUCAAUUUCAUACAAUGGCAGAUGUGCCAAAUUGCCAAUAAAAAGGUAAAGUUCAGAGGCAGUCAUGGUGUACUUUUAUCAACACACACGUUGGUUUCUAGCAAUAUAUCCAAUUGGUCAAAACUGAAUAAGAACAAGAGAGAUGAAGAAUCAUAAAAGAGAAAACGCAAUAAAAAGAGCUGAAAACGAUGGAGCAAAAGUAAAUUCACAGAUCAGUUCUUUAUUCCCUGGCUGGCCCUGUACAUGCUGCUUUUGGACUUAAC